AUGGCGAAGAAGAAGAAGCAAGCUAUUUCUACACCUCAAGUAGUGCAACAAAAGGCUGCUCAUGAAGUUGUUGGGUCGAUUUUGAAGAAUUUGGGAAUUUCAAGCACCCCUUUCGUUCCUAGCCCGAUUCAAGAGGGGGAUGAACUGCUUACUCCGGCGCCGGCGGUUGUUCAGUCAGCUUGUGGUACUAUUUCCGGUGGUCCAUUGGAUGCUGAAGCUACUGCCGUUGCUAAAGCUGCUGCUAGAUUGAACCAGUCCAAUGGAACAGUACCUAGGGUUUCUGGGUUUUCUGUUCCAUUGAAUGCUGGUGGAUCUGGGCACGGUGGUGAACCAGGUCGUUCUGCCUUUCUUUCUCACCCUCUCUGGAUCAUAUUGCGCACAAACUCGCGUAAUUCUGGUGAAAACCGUGUUGCUCCUUCCCCUGUUCUGGAGCAGAAUGUGACUCGAACUUCAUCCUUUACGGGGAAAUUGGCUGCAAAAGGAGCUACAUUAUCCUUUGUUGCUCCGAAAGUGCAAGAUGGAAAACUAAUUGCUGAGCUACAAGCAGCCGAGCUUGAGGAAGGUAAUCGAAAAUGGGUUAAUGCUCUUAUUUUUUAUGUGGUUGGCUUUUAUCCUACUAUUGCUGCUGUUCUUCGUUUCUUUGCUCAACAAUGGAAUGAUAUGCAAAAACCAGAUGUGUAUUGGCAUGAUGAUGGGUACUUUAUUAUCAAUAUGUGUUCUAGUGACGAUAGAGAUACUAUACUUUGUUCUUGUCCUCAUAUGUUCUUUGGAAAGCCUGCAAUAGUGAAGCCUUGGUGCCCCGAUUUUGAUUUUCAUGCUGAAAUUCUUAGAACUAUUCCUCUUUGGGUUAAAUUCCCUAAUCUCCCACUUAAUUGUUGGGGAUCUCACACUCUUAGCCGCCUUGGUAGUUUGCUUGGAGUGCCAAUUUGUGCUGAUGAGUGUACUACUAGACAUAUUAGAGUGUCUUUUGCUAGGGUUCUGAUUGAGAUUGAUGUCACAAAGCCUAUGCCAACCUCUGUGUGGGUUGAGAGUCCUUCGAAGGAAUUAUUAGAGAUCAGGGCUUCUAAGCAACCGACUCUUGUUCCUCCUAAGCAAAAGCAAGUUUGGGCUCCUAAGCCUACCCAUGUUCCUUCUUCUACUGCUGCUGCUGAUGUUGGGGUUUCUGUUCAUGGUCAAUCUAUUAUUACUCCACAAGUUCAUACCUCUAAGAAUUCAAAUGAGGGUUGGAGAAUAGUAGGGAGGAAAACAAAAAGCCAGCAAACUAGAGUUCAUCAGCCUGCUUCUACCUCUAAUGCCUUUGUUGCUUUGGGCCUGAAUGACCCUGGCAAAGUUGCCUCUGUAAGGAGGUUGCUUCACUCUCAUUCAGUUCAUGUUGUUGGAUUGCUUGAAACAAAAAUAAAAUUGAAAUAUGUUCUCACUUAUCAGAAGAAGUUUGGCUCUUCUUGGCUUUGGUUGUGUAAUUAUGAUCAUUCUCCCAAAGGGAGGAUUUGGCUUGGUUGGAAUGUGGAUAAAGUAAUUGUUAAUGUCUUGAAGAUUCAUGAACAGUUCAUUCAUUGUACUGUUUCUUCUAAGGAUCUCUCUACUCAAAUUUAUCUCACUAUUGUCUAUGGUCUUCACUCCAUUCAUGAUAGGCUUUCUUUGUGGGAGGGGCUCAGAAGCAUCUUUAUCCAGCAUUCUCCUUGGCUUUGUGUUGGUGAUUAUAACUCUGUUCUUCAUGCUUCUGAUAGGCUUCAUGGUGUUGAUGUUACUAAUUAUGAGACUAGAGACUUUCAGACUUUGGUUAAUGAUUUGGAUCUCACCGAGCUCAAAAGCAAAGGAACGCUCUCUAGACUUGAUAGAGCCUUUGGUAAUCAAGCUUGGUUAGCUUCUCAUGGGCAUGUUGAGACUGUUUAUGUCCUUCCUUCUUUAUCUGAUCAUAGUCCAGUUUUGCUGGAUAUUUGCUCUAGCCCUGUUGGGAAAGGUAGACCUUUCCGAUUUCUAAACUGUAUUGCUGAUCACCCUGAUUUUCUUGAUGCUGUUUCGCAGGCUUGGGGCUCUGGUAGUUCUGUUUGGCAGAAGCUCAAUUCUGUGAAGUCUAGUAUCAAAUCUGUUACUAUCAAGCAGUUUGGUAACAUUGAGGGAAAGAUUGACCAGGCUAAUGUUGAGCUUUCUAGAAUUCAAACCUUAAUGGCUCAGAACCUUGAUGAUUUGGAUUUAUAUGCUAAAGAAUCUGAUGCUAUUAAGGUUGUCAAGCACUGGAAUGAUAUUCAGGAAAGCAUCUUCAAGCAAAAAUCUAGGAUUAAUUGGGUUAAGCUUGGAGAUGGCAAUUCUCACUACUUCUUUUUUGUGAUGAAGACUAGGACUCAGGCUCCUUGGCUCCCUGCUGUUGACCUUGUUACUAUGCGGAGGAGUAAGCAGCUUAGCUCUGCUGCUCAAAGCUUCCUCAUUAGGCCUAUUUCUCAUGAUGAAAUUGAUGUCGGCCUUAAGGGAAUUGAUAACACUAAAGCUCCUGGUAUUGAUGGCUUUAACUCCUUUUUCUUUAAGAGAGCUUGGCAUAUUGUGAAAGAUGAUAUUUAUGCAAGUGUUAUUGAUUUCUUUAAUAACGGGAUUUUGCCAAGGCAAUGGAAUUGCACAACUUUUACUUUGGUCCCUAAAGUCCUUUCUGCUUCUCAUGUUAAGGAAUUUAGACCUAUAGUCUGUUGUACUGUGGUCUAUAAGCUCAUUUCUAAAAUCAUAACUGCUAGGCUUGCUGCUGUCAUUGGUGAGGUGAUUGAUGAUGCUCAGGCAGGGUUCAUUCCUGGCAAGCAUAUUGGUGACAAUAUUCUUCUUGCAACUGAAUUGAUCAAAGGCUAUGAUCACAAAUUUAUCUCUCCCAGGUGUAUGGUUAAGGUGGAUUUGAAGAAAGCCUAUGAUUCGAUUGAGUGGGGUUUCUUGAUCACUGUCAUGCAGGAGCUUGGUUUCCCUCAGAGAUUUGUUGAUUAG